AUGGCUCGGAAAAGACCGAGACGCGCCAUUGUGGACAGUGACGGCUACAAUGACGACGAUGUCACCUUCAUCAACAACAGCGAUUAUGCCGAGCACAGAGAUCAAGCACCAGACAGCCUGAAGGAACCUGCUGGUACUGAAGAGGUUGAAGGUGCUCAGGAGUCUGAAGAAGAAGCUGAGGAUACUCCGAAUAUCUCGGAACGUUUGCAGACACCACAAGCAGAACUGAGCCCUAAAGCAGCUACAACACCAGGAAAUGGCACCAAGAUCGAAGAUGGUCACGAUGAUCUGAAGACACAGACACAGACACAUCAGACGCCACCAACAACAGCAAUAAUGUCCGAUAAGACGCGUCUGGCGUUUAAUAUCAGCUUGUCACCUCCAGGGAAAAGCAGCACGUCCAUGUCGAGUCCCAUGCGUUCUGAGUAUAGAUUCACGUCUCCCAGUAAAAGACGUGAGACUGUGGACCCGUUCCCACGGAAGCCCAACGAACCCAGACUCGUGAUUUCGGAAAUGGUACUUGACAAUUUCAAGUCGUAUGCUGGAAAACAGGUGAUUGGACCGUUCAACCAUUCGUUCUCUGCUGUCAUUGGUCCAAAUGGUAGUGGUAAGUCCAACGUCAUAGAUUCAAUGCUUUUUGUAUUUGGAUUCCGAGCCUCUAAGAUGAGACAGGGGAAACUUUCAGAGUUGAUCCAUUCGUCUGAUGGCCAGAAAUUGGAUUACUGUCAAGUGGAUAUUCAUUUCCAUAAUGUUCUUGAUUCGGAAGAUGAACCAGGAAGUGCCACCGUAUUACCCGAUUCUGAAUUAACUAUUAGUCGUAAGGCUUUUAGAAACAACGGUUCACAGUACUACAUCAAUGGCCGAUCCAGUAGUUACACGGAAGUUACGACUUUACUUCGGGAUAAAGGUAUUGAUUUGGACCACAAGAGAUUCUUGAUCUUACAAGGUGAAGUUGAGUCUAUAGCUCAAAUGAAGCCCAAGGCAGAGAAGGAAAACGAUGAUGGGUUAUUGGAGUAUUUGGAGGAUAUUAUUGGAACUGCAAGUUAUAAGAGUUUAAUUGAAGAGAACUUGGUUAAAAUCGAAGGGCUAAAUGAUGUUUGUCUUGAGAAGGAGAAUAGAUAUGAAUUGGUAGAGAAAGAUAAAGAUGAUUUGGAAUCAAAGAAAGACGAAGCCUUGGAAUUCUUAUUGAAAGAGAAGGAAUUAAUUAAUAAAAAGUCUCUUCAAUUUCAAUCGACUUUGAUGUCAUUAAGGAAAACUUAUAACGAAAAUGAAUUGGUAGCCAAUGAAAUAAAGGAAAAAUUACAAGAUGAAAAGUUAAAGACCAAAGAUUUAGACAAGAGUAUUGAAGAAAUCAAAGCUCAAGACGUGACUUUAAACACAGGAUUGGCUAAAGUCAUUAAAGAACUUUCAUCUUUUACCACCAGACAGAAACAACUUACAGCCUCUGAAGUUUCCUUUGACGAGAAGCAGAAGCAUCUCGAGAAUAAAAUAAAAAAGAUAACCAAAAGUAAAGAACAACUGGAACAUAAGCUUCGAAUGACUCAACAAGAAUUUGAUCAGAGUAAAGAUGAAAGACUGAAAUUUGAAGCUGAUUUGAAAGCACUUGAAAAUGAAUUAGAAGUUGAAAAGGCAAAAUUGAACGAACUUCGGAGCAAACUUACAACUAAAACGGCCCCAUUUUCAAAAGAAAUACAAGAAAUCAAGACCCAGUUAACUCCAUGGACGGACAGAUUAAAACAGAAGGAAAAUGCUCUUCAACUUAUACGACAAAAGAUUGAAAUCAUAAAAGGAGAAAAGGAAAAUAGCAUAAAACAGAUUGAAGAUGCUAAACAAAGACUGCAUUCUAUCAAAGUGGAAGGGAAACUGAAAGAAACGGCAUUAUUAGAAGCUGAAGACAGUUUGACCACAAUUUGUGAGCAAAUACAAUUAGGUGAACAACAAUGUGCUCAACAGCAGAAAGAAGUUGAACGUAAGAAACAAUUUCUUCAAAAAGCAAGACAGAAAACAGAUGACGCCGCUAAUUCUUUAGGCAAUUUCCAGAAUAAGAAUAAGGUGCUAUCGAAUUUGUUUCGCUUACUGAAAUCGGGUCGUAUUAGUGGAUUCCAUGGUAGAUUAGGCGACUUAGGAGUAAUUGAUGAGAUGUAUGAUGUGGCUAUUUCUACAGUGUGUCCAGGUUUGGACUCUUUGGUGGUUGAUACCGUUGAAACGGCACAAAUAUGUAUUGACUACUUGAGGAAGAAUCAUUUAGGGUAUGCACAAUUUAUCUGCUUGGAUAAAUUAAGGCAAUUCAAUUUGAACCCUAUUCAUACCCCUGGUAACCCAAGAACGGUCAAAAGAUUAUUUGACCUUAUUGAACCGCAAGAUCCUCGAUUUGCGCCAGCAUUCUAUAGUAAGGUGUACAAUACUUUGGUAGUUUCAACACUUUCUGAGGCACGACAGGUUGCUCAUGGAGCCAGACGUUGGAAGGUUGUGACGUUAUCUGGUGAAGUUGUUGAUACUUCUGGUACGAUGUCUGGAGGUGGUAACUAUAAAGCUCGAGGGUCAAUGAGACUUAAAGGUUCUACUUCAGAUAAUACCCUUGGUGUAGAUACUACACCUGAAGAAGUCCAGGAGAUGAAAGCAGAAUUACAGAAGUUGGAUGUUGAAUUUGAACAGUUAGAAGCUCAAUUCCAGGAACUGCAGAAUGCUCUUCGGAAGUUGAAUGAACUUAAGCCAACUACGGAAUUCAAAAUCUCUAGUUUGAGGUUAGAUAUUGAAACAUUAAUCCAAGAGAAGAAGAAUUCUAGUGCAACUUAUAAGCGACUUGUUCAUGAGUUCCAAACUAACAACUUAAACGAGAAGUUCACUAAGGAAAUAGAAGAGAAGGAGGUUGAAGUGAAACAGCUUGAAGCAGAACGAAGCCAGGUGAAAUCGGAGAUGAAAGAUAUGGAGGAUCGUGUUCAAAUGUUGGAGAAUAAGAUACUAGAAGCUGGAGGCAUUGAAUUGCGCUUACAAAGUUCCAAAGUUGAUUCAGUUAAACAGCAAAUGGAGAUUUUGAAUUCGAAAAGCUCAGAUGGCCGUAUAUCUGCCAAGAAGCUUGAAAAUGAUAUUAAAAGAUAUACCAAGCUACUUUCAAGUUCAGAAUCCGAAUUGGAGGCUGCAAAAAGUGAUCUUGAAUUGUUGGUGAAGUCACAAGUUGACAAGACCAAGGAGCUCAAGGAGAUUGAACUGCGAGUGACUACCCUAGAAAGUUCCAAGUUAGAAAUGGAAGAGGAAUUGGAGAGUAUACGUGACAAUCUUAACGAACAACAACGGGAAAUUAACCACUUGAAAUCAACCCAGAUAGAAUUGGAAAAUAGACUUGAGAAGUACACCAGUGUGUUGAAGAAGGCCCAGAUUCAAAUCGAGUCCAACGAAGAACAUUUACGGGAACUAAGUGUACGUGAAGUUAUCCCGUUGAUCCAAUGGAUGAGCGAAGAGGAACAAGAGAAGUACAAUUCCGCUGAGAUCACACAAUUAACUGAAGAAGAAUUGGAUCAAGUGAACAUUGACCAAGUUGAUAAGGAUAUUGAACAAUUAGAACAAUACAUGAGUAGCAUUAAAGUUGACGUUGAAGUUCUCUUGGAGUAUGGCCAGAAGUUGAAUGAGUUUGAGUCGAGAAAGAAAGACUUGAACUUGGCAGUGGAAGAACGUGAUGAAGUUAAAAACUUCUGUGAAGAUUUGAAGAGAAAGAGAUUGGAUGAAUUCAUGGAAGGGUUCAAUAUCAUCUCCAUGUCAUUAAAGGAAAUGUAUCAAAUGAUUACUAUGGGAGGUAAUGCUGAAUUGGAAUUAGUUGAUAGUUUAGACCCUUUCUCAGAAGGGAUAUUAUUCAGUGUCAUGCCUCCCAAGAAGUCAUGGAAGAAUAUCAGUAACUUAUCUGGUGGAGAAAAGACUUUGUCAUCUUUAGCACUUGUGUUUGCCUUACAUCGUUACAAACCUACACCAUUAUAUGUUAUGGAUGAAAUCGAUGCAGCUUUAGACUUUAGAAAUGUCUCUAUUGUGGCCAACUACAUUAAAGAGAGAACCAAGAAUGCCCAAUUUGUGGUUAUUAGUUUAAGAAACAAUAUGUUUGAGUUAGCAAAGCAAUUGGUGGGUAUUUAUAAAGUCAACAACAUGACCAAGAGUAUUUCUCUUAAAAACCAAGAGAUCAUGGGAUAA